AUGGGGCUGGGGGCUGGAGGUGCGGGUGCAGAGGUGAACGAGAUGCUGUCCCCCGCCUUCACGAUGCCUGGUUUCAGGCCUGGGCGCUCUGUGCCGCAGGCCAAGCCACAGAAGGAGGGCAAGCCGCCGUCCGGGGCUGGAUUUGACGGGACGCCCAUCCUCGGACACGGGAGCCUCUGUGUUCCUGCCUCUGUGGGGCGGGGGUCCCAGCCUCCUCCCCAGAGCAGGGCAGCCGCAGCUCCUGCAGCGCCCCUUGUGGCCACACGGUGGCACUGUUGCAGCUCCACCGCCGCUGACCCCAGCUGCCGGCCGGGCCCCCCGCCCCGACCGGGUGCCUGGAUGGGGCUUCUGGUCGCCCUCCCUGCCUCGCCACUGGGCCCCUCUGGACCUACCGUGGCCCACCCAGGGGUCUCCCUAACCGGGCUCUGGGUGUGGUGCAGCCUCACCACCCUCUGGAAGCCGCAGGGCUCCUUUUGCAAGUCCCCCCCCACCUUUGUGGACCUGUGUGCCUGUGCAGCUCCCCAGUUCAGAGGGGCCCCUUGGGGCCUGAGGCUCGUCACCAGCGAGCGGGACAGAGGACAGUCUAUCCCCGGGACAGACCAGGACCCGGAGGUCGCCCCGGCCUGCAGAACUAUAGGUGGAGUCACGGGGUCCCCUGCGGGCAAGGGGACGGCUGCUCGUGGGGUCCAAGCCAAGCGCAGGCCCAAGGGCACGCCCUGGCUGGAUGCCCCUCCCACUCCGGGCCCCUCCCCGCCACCCCCCUUGUUUCUGCUGGGAGCCCCCAGGGCGGACAUUCACCACCAGUUCCUCCCUCAGCACGUCACUCACGGCCUGAACCUCACGGUGGACGCCGCAGGGCCGAUGGGCAGCCGGGCACAUCCUGACCCCGGGCAAUCUCUCUCGUCGCCCUCUCACGUCCGGAGCGCUCAUGCCGCUUCAGAAUUGGCUGCCUCAGCCCCCGGCGUUCACACGUCUUCCCCGUGGUCACCAGGAACUCACAGGGCCGAGGCCAAAUGCCGCCCGGUGCCCGGGAGCCCAGGACCAGCCUCUGGGGACCCAGGACCCCAGGCCUCCUACCCGGGACCCGGGACCCCGGGGUUCCUGCCACUCCCAGGCCUGUUUGGAGAGCUUCUGCAGCCGCUGAGCUGCUCUGGAGGGCCAGGCCAGACCGUGCCCACUGAGUGCUCGCUGCCCCGGCUCGGUCCUGCCCCACCCCAUCCCCAGGCCCCCGCAGCCCCUCCCUGUGGACAGGGCGGCCGGCCUCGUUCUCCAGGAAGCCGUGUGGGUGCAACCCGGUCCUGCUACCGGUGGCCAGCCCCUCCAUCCACGGGGCUCUGGGCCCGUUGGGUGGGGUUCAGGCCCCUCCCUGCCAAGCCCCACUGUGAAAACCGGGGGACCGCCUGCUCCAGGGGCGCCAAAGGCGGGGGCUCUGCCUCCCAGCAUCCCCAGAGAGACCCAGGGCGGAGGGUGAUGUGGUGCCCCCCUGACUCCGGUGGAUUCACGGGGGUGUCUGGGGGCGGUGCCAGGACCUGCCGGCCCCAGGGGUCUCUCAUGCGUGUCUUUCAGAGGCUGGAGGACACCAUCCUGAGCCCCGCGGCCAGCAGAGAAGACCGCGCGCUGACUGUGCGCGGGGGACGCUGGCGGGCCUCCCCCACCCCCGUGCCUGCCCGCAUCCGUGAGAUUGUGGCCGGCAGCCUGGCUGAGGGGCCUCCCCAAGGGCUGCGGGAGCCCCCGGCCGCUCCAGGCCCUGGGUCGGAAGAGCACGCACCCCUGCAGGACGAGCUGUCCCGGCUGGAGGGCCUGCUGGCCCAGGCAGGCACCGAGCAGGGUGAGCUGGCUGGCAGGUACCACGUGGUCAGCGAACGGCUGCAGGCCCGGCUGGAGGCCACCAAGGCCCAGCUGCAGAGGUCGGAGCUGGAGCGCAGUGUGGACCUGGAGGAGGCCCUGGGCCGUCUGGAGGCGGCCGAGCAGAGGAGCACCGGCCUCUCCCAGGUGAACGCCCUCCUGCGGGAACAGCUGGAGCACAUGCGGAAGGCCAAUGACAGGCUGGCCGAGGAGCUGGCCAGGACGACGGGCAGCGUGCUCCGUCUGCGGGCCGAGCUGGAGCUGCGGGAGGCACAGCGCCGGACCCACAGAGAGGCCAGGCACACCCACUCAGGACAGCCCCAGGAUGCCCUCCUGCAGAGGCAGGUCACUGCGCUCCGGGGACACCUGGCCGAACUGCGUGCAGCCACCGAGAGGGGCCUUGCUGACCUGCGGGCAGACGUGGCCAGGAUGGCCCGGCGCCUGCACACGGCCUGCCUGAACCUCGGCUCCAACCUGCGGCUGACGGCCGGCAGCGCGGCCGCUGCCCUGGAGCAGCAGCUGCGGGACAAGAUGCGGGAGACGCUGCAGCUGCAGGGCCGCUGGGCCGCAGAGAAGGCGGCGCUCCAGGCCAGACUCUCAGAGCAGACGCUGCUGGUGGAGAAGCUCACCGAGCAAAAUGCGAGCGAGACAGCCAUCUCUUCCCUGAGAACCGACAUGCAGAGACUGGUGGCCCAGGCAGAUGCGGGGAACGAGGAGAUGGUGAAGAGCAGCGGUGCUGAAGGCGAGGGAGUGCAGGGCCAACGGAGGAGCCCCCCGCAUGCUGGGUCCCCCCUGACGGCUGAGUCCUUGCCCCCAGCCCGCUCCCCAGUUGCCCUGGACUCAGCACUGUGGGCCGUGCGGGCGGCUAUUCAGAGGCGGCGGCAGCGGGAGCAGGAGCUGCGCCAACAGCUGGAGUCGGCCGAGGCGAGGGCCGCGGGCCUCCAGGAGCAGCUGUCUGAGAGUCAGAGGGAGCUGCAGGCCUCAAGAAGCCUCCUGCAGGAGGAGCGCCAGGACCUCCUGGGCAAGCUGGAGGCACAGAGCCGGGAGGCGCAGUGGAGCCGUGUGACCAGCGAGCUCCUGGGGAGAGAGAAGGCGGCUCUCGAGGAGGCGGUUGAGGUGCUGAGGGGGGAGGCAGCCGUGUCCCACGCUGAGAAGCAAAGCCUGGAGGCCAGGAACGCAGAGCUGCAGAGGAGCCUCCGGCGGUGUGCGGAGCAGAAGGAGGCGCUGGAGCAGCAGGGCGAGAGCAGCCGGAGGGCGCUGGAGAGCAGUCGAGGGCGCCUGGAGCAGCUGGAGGGGAUGGUCUCGGGGCUCAAGACGGAACUGGUGUCGGCCCAGGAGGCGCUGGACUCGGCGCGGCUGCAGAGGGACGUCCUGGAGAGCGAGAGGGCGAGUCUGCACGGCGCCCUGGCCCGGGCCGAGGCCAGCAAGGCUGACCUGGAGCUGCUCGUGAGCCGGCUCAAGGCGGAGGGGGUGGAGCAGAGGGACUCCGUGGCCAAGAUGGCCGCUGUGACGGAGACGCUGGCUCAGGACAAAGGCUCCCUGAACCGCCUGGUCCUGCAGCUGGAGCAGGAGCGGGACGAGCUGCGGGCGCGGCAGCAGACGCUGGCACAGGGGCAGGCCGGCGCCCGGGAGCAGCUGGCGCGGGCCGAGUGGCAGGUGGAGCUCCUGCGGGCCGAGAGGACGGGCCUGCAGCGGGCCUGCGGGCGGCUGGAGGAGCGGCUGGAGCGGCUGGAGGGUCAGGCGGCCCGACUCCAGCGAGAACGGGCCCAGUUGCAGGCGCAGGUGGGCCAGGUCACAUGCAAGAAACAGGCCCUGGAGAAGCAGCUGGCCCAGCGCCUGCAGGACCAGGAGGCCCAGAUGGCCGCUCUCCAGAGGGCCCUGCAGGAGAAGGAGGCUUUGUCUGAAGAGCGAGUCCAGCUGCUGGCCAAGCAGGAGGCCCUGGAGAAGCGAGGUCAGCUCAUGGCCGAGGAGGCAGCCGAUCUCAGGGCCGAGAGGGACGCCCUGGAGAGCAGCCUCUUUGAGGCCCAACAGCUGGCAUCGCAGCUGCAGGCACAGCAGGAGCAGCUGGAGGGAGAGGCCCGGAGCGCACGGCUGGCCCGGCAGGCCCUGCAAGGGGAACUGGAGCAGCUACAGAGCGCCUGGGAGGCCCAGGAGACGAGGCUGCGGCAGCAGGUGGCGCAGCGGGAGCGGGAUGCACAGCUGGCCCUGGAGAGCCGGGCGCUGGCCCACCGCGAGGACCUCGCGCGGCUCCAGAGGGAGAAGGAGACCCUGAGUCUGUCUCUGACGGAAGAAAAGGAAGCAGCAGCAUGCCGGCUGAAACGGGAGAAGGAGCUGGUGGCGAAGAGCGCGACCAGGAGGGAGGCGCUGAAGGAGGAAAUUCAGAGCCUGAGGCGUGAACGAGACGAGCGUCUCCUUCAGCUGGAGCAUGAGAAGCAGCAGGCCCUGCUUGUGCGGGACGCGGAGCUGAGCCGGCUGCGGGGCGAGCUGCAGCUGGUGCGGCAGGAGGCCCAGGGCCAGCAGGAACGAGCCGAGGCCACCGUCAGCGCCGUGGCCGCAGAGCUGAAGGCCCUGCAGGCCCAGUUUGAGGAUGCCAUCUCUGCCCACCAGACAGAGGCCAGGGUCCUGCGUGAGACACUCCGGGCGCAGGCGGCCCAGCGGAGCAGUGCGGGGAGAGAGGCUGAGACUCUGCGGGUGCAACUGGACGAGGCCCGCAAGGUGCUGGCUGCGCUGCGCCGGGAGCUGCAGGGCAGUGAGGAGGCCCGGGAGGGGUUGCAAAAGGAGGCCCAGGAUGCCCGCCAGGCGCUGGCUGACACAGCCCGCGAGAAGGACGCACUGCGGGAUUCCAACACCGAGCUGCGGGCCACCAUCCGCCGAGCCGAGCAGGAGAAGGCCAGCUUCAAGCGCUCCACGGAGGAGAGGGAGCAGAAGGUGCUGGUCCUGGAGAAGGCCUGGGCAGCAGCCCAGAAGCAGGCAGGCGAGCUGCGGACUGGCCUGCGGGAGGCGGAGCGGGCGGCUGUGGACACCCAGCGGCAGCUCCAGGAGCUACGCAGACAGGUGACGACGCUGGAGGCAGAGAACCAGAGAAAGAGCCGGGAGCUGAUGCGGCUGCAGACGCGGGGCGCCCAGGAGCCGAGCUGGCAGGACGCCCUGGCGCUGCAGAGGCUGGUGGCCGAGGCGGAGGCCGCCCAUGAGGACUCGCAGAGGGAGGUCCGGAGGCUGCGGCGGACGCUGGCGGAGGUGGAGGCCCGGGCCGAGACCCGGGAGAAGCAGCUGGAGUGGCAGCUCUGCGAGAGCCGGGAGUCCGAGCGGGCCCUCCGGGCGGAGCUGCGCAGCGUCACCCGCAAGCUGCAGCAGGCCGACGGCGCGGCCGACAGCCUUCAGGCUGGCCCAGACGGGGCCUGCCACCAGACCCACGGCCUCGAGCAGGAGCUGGCCCAGGCCGAGGGCGCCAGGCGGGAGGCGGAGGGCCAGCGGGGCCGGCUGUCCUCUCCUGAGCCGCCCGGCCCCCCCACCAGAGGCCCAGAGAGCCGGUUCCACUCGCCGCUCCGGAGGCCCUCACCCAGCCCUGGAGACCGCAGGGCAGAGGGGACCCGGGCCUCCACGAGGGACGCCCUGAGGGACUUGACGCAGAAGCCGAGGGAUGCCCAGCGGGAGGGCAGCGGACGUCUGGUGUUCCCAGGCUGGGGGCCUGAGUGCCCGGCGGGGGAGGCCAAGAGUGAGCGCACCUGGGCCCAGAGCCGCGUGGGGCAGCUGCAGAGGGCGCUGGCUGGUGGAGGAAGGGGAGCUCCUGCCUCCGCCCUGCCCCAGACCCACAGGGCCUCGGCCUCCUGGGCCGCGCAGGUGCCCGCCGGACCUGGGAGCCAGUCAAGCGGCCCCGCCUGCCCCCCAGGCCGGCGCCAGGCGGAGGGCGAGCCCACACAGGCCGUGCGGGCCCUGCAGGAGGAAGCGCUCCCGAGGCUGAGGCGGGGCGCCCAGCACGAUCAGGGCUCAGAACCAGAGCCACCCAAGGAGGAGCCCGACUCAGCGGGGCUCAGGGUGACGUUCAUGAAGGGCGCCUGUGCCCCACCCACAAUAGGACACCAUGCGUUCCCAGAGGCCUGGGCCCACUGCGACAUCUCCAGCCCCGGACACAGGGCGCCAUCGCCUCUCACCAAGGCUCCAAGCCGGGUGGGGGGCGGGGGGCUCAUGGCCCUGGGCUGUCAGGCUAGGAACGCAGUGGGCAGCACCAGGCUCGGGCUGAGGAGGAAGCCCCAGUGUCCCCGGAGCACGCAGCCCCGAGGAAACGGGCCACAUGUGUCCAAGGGCUGGGAGCGGGGCAGGGACGACAGGCGCAUCUUCCAAGGCCAUUCUGACCGCAGUGGGGAAGUGCCUUUGCCCACACCAGGCCAACAAGACCUGCUUCUAGAACUCUCCCCACCCGAGCAGGGGGCUCUGGAGGAGCCACUCGCCUGCCUGGAGUGCAGGGGCCCGAAGCCUGAGGGUACUCGGGAGCCCCUGCGGCAGGGGAGGGGCCCCAGGGGGGAGAUGCUGGGGGCUGGCAUCAGACAUCCAGCCCCCAGGAGACAGCGGGGGAAACCCAAGCGGGAGGGGCGCGCGGGGAGUCAGGAGCCUGAGGUUGGCUGCUCCACUGCGGGCGCCCCGACGAGGACGGAGGGUGGACAGAGGACAUGCAGCUUCAGGGAGGAUCAUGAGCCGGGCCAGGGGCCCAGCCUCAGGCCGGAGCGCCUGGUGCACGCGCCGCCUGCGCUCAGUCCAGGCGCUCGGCCCGGCGGCAGGGAGAGCGCGGUGCGCGGCGCGUACAGGCGCGUCUUGCGGGAGGGGCGGCCGCGCUGCGCCCGGGGCGGCCCGCCUGCAGGGGGAGCUCGCGGCGCGCCGGGCGCGGCCCCGGAAAUUAGGGGGAGUGGGUGUGACCCCAGCCCUACCUUUGCUGUCCGCGGGGAAGCUCCGCAGUCAUGGCAAUCACCCCCCAUCCCACGUGGUUCCCGCGGCAGGAGCGCCGGUGCUGCCUGCAGCUGUGUGGCCCUGGCACGCAGCCCACCCCUGGAACCCGAGCCCCCUGGAGGGGUGUGUCCUGCCGCCCUGGUGCCCGGAAGUGUGGGCACCAAUGACCGGGUGCAGCCGCUGCCCCCCUGUCGCUGCGCUGGCCCUGGGCAGAGAAGGGAGGGUUUGUCCCUCAUGAAGGUCCAGGUGAUGGUGUCCAGCCAGGGCCUCUCAGAGGUGCGCGUGGACACAUGUUCUGGGCCUUCCCCGGCCACCUGGGGCACACUGUCCAGCCGAGGUCCAGAUGGCAGAGCUGGAGCACACCCAGCGGCUCCAGGAGCUGGCCAUCUGGCACCAGCGACCCCAGGCUGCGGAGACCGAGCGCCUGCACAGGGCCCAGCGUCCCGAGAGAGGGCCCACCAGCGGCAGGCAAAGGUGCUGGAGGGGCAGGUGGCUGGCCGGAGGGAGCCGCUGGACCGGGACGUGCGGUGGCGGCGAGCCUGCCUCCGCCGGGCCUUCCGGGCCAAGAACUCUGUAAACACAGGGAAACACGUGGAGAACAUUUCCACCAACUGGAGCCAAAAACAUAAUGUCCUGCAAGGCCCAGCCACCACCUCCCCGCGCCCAGAGGCGGCCCGACUCCGGCUCCAGGAACUGCGGGGCCGUCACGGUGGCAGGUGGCUGGAAGUGACUCAGAGUCCGGUCCCCGUGACUCACUGGCCGUGA